AUGCAAAUCGGGGCUCUAGGUGAGAUAACCGAGCAUAUCGUACCAGAGAACCCUUCCACCAGCUCCUCCAGCCGCGCAGUCAGCAUCUCACUCGGCCAUCCAUUACGUAUCAAAGUCACGGCAGACUUCUGGAACAAGUACGAUCAGUACAGAAUGUCUCAGCAAUCAACACCCUCAGAACCUCCCACCAAGCGGCAGAAGUUCACCCCCAUACCGGAACCAGAGCCGAUGGUACCAGCUACGGAUGUAGUAGAUGUGGCGGCAGAAGCAUCCGACGCAGCAGAUGCGCCGGCGGCAGCACAAGGACCUCACAGGCCGGCUCGGGAAUCUCAACCUCAGAGACCAAUGCAAGGACCGUUGCCGAGGCCUACAAUUAUGGAUCUUGAUUGCGACAACAAGGAUGGAAUUCUACAUAGCGAUGUGUCCUCAUUGUCAGAUUCAGAUUCGUCUCUCAUCUCUGGAGGGGACAUCGACAUCCCAUACUCCAUGGCCGACCACCCUCGCCCAACGGCAGAGGCUCCCUUACCCCCAACAAAUACGCCGAAUGGAUCGCAAAGUGUACCUCCAUCGUCAGAGAAACCACCGAUUAGGGUGAAGACGUCCUCCACUCCUGCACCAGAUCCCGACCACCUCCUCCCCGGCUCAUCCAACUCAACACCCUCAAAACUUGUUGGUAAAAAACUUGUCCCGCGAACAUCUCCGCGCACACCCAACACUCCGUCCUCAUCCGUCAAGCCCCCGUCCUCUGCAACAAAAGCUCUGCCCUCCCUUACUAAGCCUUCUCCUCACCCAGCCCCAUUUGACCACAGCUAUAACAACAUCAAUCACAACAACAGCAGCAGCCACAACAACAACAACAACAACAACAACAACAACAACAACAACAACAACAACAACAACAACAACAACAAUAGCAGCAAUAUCAACCACGCGAACCACAGCAACACGAACAACCCUAACACCCAACCACACAAUAACGGAAUGCCGCCUAAGAAUAGCCUUCCGGUAUCACCUGCCCAGACCAUUCCCCCAUCUAUUGCGCCAUCUCCUACCAACGCGUUACCUUCUUCGUCCCUUCCACCGCCUUCAACUCAGCGUACCAAUCCGUUCCCAAACCACUGUUACUUCAAAAUUCCAGAGAAACUCAAUGGUGGAAACCUGACCGAGGUCCGCAAGGCCAUCCAGGAAAUGGAGGCCGUGCAAGCUAAGCUCAAAGAACGCGCUGCUUUUUUGGAGCAGCUGGGCAAUAACUGGCAGUGA